AUGCUCUCUGCAACCUCUGUGGCCCUGCGGGCCGGAGCUCGACGAGGUGCGCCCCGGGUUGCUCCCCGGGCUGCGGCCGCGGCUCUCGCGUCUGCUCCGAACGGAAUCCGAGGUUCGGGUUUGGCCGGUCGUAGGGGCCUGUCGGCGACAAGGACUCUGGCCUCUUUUCCUGCGAAGGAUCGAACUCGAGAGAUUGUUGCUCAGACCUUGAGCAGCAUUGGAAGCAAGCGAGAGGGUCAGCAAUAUCUCAAAUUAUUCACAUCCACAAGUUCCCAUUCGAAAUUUGCUGUUAUCAAAUGCGGAGGUGCUAUUCUAGAACUGAGAACUGAAUAUCUUGACGAGCUAUGCCAAUCCAUUGCUCUGUUGAGCAGCCUCGAUCUAUAUCCUGUGCUCGUCCACGGCGCAGGUCCUCAGCUGAACCGCCUGCUUGAGGAUGCGGGCGUCGAGCCUCAGUUCGAGGAGGGCAUCCGUGUAACCGACGCCAAGACUCUAGGCGUAGCACGCAAGCUCUUCCUCGAAGAGAAUCUCAGACUAGUGGACAGGCUUGACCAGCUAGGCGUUUCCACCAGGUCCAUCAGCGGCGUCUUCAUGGCUGAUUAUCUGGACAAGGAGAAGUGGCAGUACGUUGGAAAGAUCACAAAGGUUAACAAGGAGGCUAUCGAGCAAUCGAUUGAGGCCGGAUAUAUUCCAGUUCUUACCUCCAUGGCUGAGUCUACCGAUGGCCAACUGCUCAACGUUAACGCUGACGUUGCUGCGGCUGAGCUUGCCCGUGCGCUGGAGCCUCUGAAGGUUGUGUAUCUGUCAGAGAAGGGUGGCUUAUUUAACGGCGAAGGAGACAAGAUCUCCCACAUUAACUUGGAUGAGGAAUACGAUCAUCUCAUGGCACAGCCUUGGUGCCGAUAUGGUACGCGCCUUAAGAUCAAGGAGAUCAAAGAGCUUCUCGACACCCUCCCCAGGACCUCCAGUGUUGCCAUCAUCCAUCCCAGUGACCUUCAAAAAGAACUCUUCACAGACUCUGGCGCCGGCACUUUGAUCCAACGAGGAGAUAAGAUUCAAAAGGCGACCUCCGUGUCAGAUUUCAAGGACUUGGAUAAGAUUAAAGCAGCCCUGAUUCGUGACCGAGAGGGCCUUGACGCUGAGGCGACUGUUGACCGUUUCAUUGAUCUCCUAAGGGAGAACCCCUUUACUGCCUACUAUGAUGAUGCGCUGCAGUGCAUUGCCAUUGUUAUCCCUGCUGGCAACAACCGACCCUUAGCUACACUUGCUACUUUGGCCAUCACCAAGUCGGGCUGGCUGACCAAUGUGGCUGAGAACGUUUUCACCGCUAUCAAGAAGGAUCACCCCAGCCUUGUCUGGACUGUCAAUGAGCAUGAUGAGAACUUGACCUGGUUCUUUGAGAAGUCCGACGGAAGCUUUCACCACAAUGGCAGUGUCUUGUUUUAUUAUGGCUGUGAUCUUCGAUCUGAAGCCCUGGCUCCCGUCUAUGAUGACUUUGUUUCCAAUGGACGCGCUAUGCUGGGUGAUUCCAACCUGGAGGCUCGACUGCGUCGUGCGGCCCAAACGGCUAAUCAGGCGCUGAGGGACUCUCAAGGACAGGCCUAA